AUGGACGCCUUCAACAACAGUGACUUCAGACCCUUGCUCCUGACUGGCUUUCCAGGCCUAGAGGCUUCACACCCACAGAUCUCUGUCCUCUUCUGUGCCCUCUAUGUAAUUGCCUUUGUAGGGAACAGUUUGAUUUUGGUGGUAAUCUGGCAAGAACAGUCACUCCAUGAGCCCAUGUACUUUUUCCUUUCCAUGUUAGCUGCCAGUGAUCUAGGCCUCUGUGCCACCACCCUGCCCACCCUGCUCAAGCUUUUCUGGCUUAAUGCUCGCCAGAUUCCUUUUGAUUCCUGCCUGGUUCAGAUGUUCUUCAUCCAUGUCUUCUCCCUCAUGGAAUCAGGCAUCUUGUUGACUAUGGCUUUUGAUCGAUAUAUAGCGAUCUCCAGUCCGCUCCAUUAUACAACUAUCUUGACCAAUGCUACCAUUGUCAAGAUUGGCUUUGGCCUAAUACUUCGAGCAACUGCAGUCAUCCUCCCAGGACCAUUCCUCAUCAAGCGACUAAAGUUCUGUAAGGAAAAUGUCCUUUCUCACUCCUACUGCCUUCAUCCGGAUAUUAUCAAGCUCUCCUGCUCUGACCACCGUAUUAAUAGCAUCUAUGGUCUUAUUAUCAUCCUCAUUACUUUUGGUCUAGACUCUGUGCUCAUUCUUCUCUCUUACGUGAGAAUUCUGAUCACAGUAUUGGGCAUUGCCUCCCAUAAGGAGCAGCUCAAGGCCUUCAACACCUGUGUCUCUCACAUCUGUGCUGUUUUAUUGGUUUAUAUUCCCAUGCUAGGUGUAUCCAUCAUCCACCGCUUUGGGAAACAUGUCCCACCUGUGGUUCACAUCAUCAUGGGCUAUGUUUAUCUGCUGGUCCCCCCUGUGCUCAACCCCAUUGUAUAUUGUAUCAAGACUCGUGAAAUUCGUACCUCCAUCUUCAGACUCUGUCAGAAAAAAUAA